AUGGGCGUCACAAGCAUGUGGGAUUAUGUGCAGAAAUUCAUGCAACCUGUAAACAUAUCGGUGUUGCGCAACAAACGCAUCGCAAUAGAUGGUCAUAUUUGGUUAUGCGAAGUCUUACGCGGUUCAGUAGCUCAUUGUUCGACUGCUCGAAAACCCUAUUUGAGCACGUUUUACACUCGAUGCCGAAGUUUGAUGGAAGAAGGUGUUGAACCAAUUGUCGUUUUCGAUGGAAUUGAUGAAGGAGAUCGGGCAAAUAUGGAUUAUAGUACUACUUCUAUAAAGAAGGUUAGGAAACGAGGGAACAAGUAUUGGUCUGCAGAAUUGAAACAAGAAAUGUUACCAAAAAUUGAAGAAAUAAAAAUUCUUCUGAAUUCGAUGGGAGUCCGCUGGAUGGAAAGCAAGCUGGAGGGUGAGGCACAGUGUGCACAACUUGAACAACGAGGUCUGGUACAUGGUUGCAUCACUCGAGAUUUUGACUACAUUCUUUUUGGUGGGAACAAUCUUUACCAGAUUGAAUUUGGGUUCAAUGGCAAAGUACAAAAUGAUAUAUUUCAUCUAUCUAUGGAUUACUUGGAUGAAACAUUGUGUCUAAAUAGGUCUUGUCUUAUCGCUAUGACAAUCAUGAUUGGUUGUGAUUAUGCUCAGAAAGGAAUACCAGGUGUUGGUCUGAUCACGGCAUUAGAAAUCGUUUCUGAAUUUUAUCUCAUGAAACACGAUCAUCCUCAAGUUAUUUUAGAUAGAUUCAAGUCUUACACGACAGAUGUGCUUCCUGUUCGUGAUUAUGAUAGCAAUGUCAAAAGGAAGUUGCGACUUAGUGUUACCAAGAAUUCCAUAGAUCUACGAAAUUUUAAUCCAAAUUCAGAUGCUAUGGCUAAUGCAAUUAAUGUUUACAUGAUGCCAGUUGUUAUUGAGUAUUCUCGUACGCAGCUCCCUAAAAAAUUACCACCCAAUAUUCAAAAAACAGAGGAGAUCUUGCUUCGUGAAUGUAACUGGAAACUGAAUGGCAUUAGUUAUUCUCAAACAGCAUUGUCUGACACAGAAAGAGCCGUGAAGAGUUCUACUCACGCAAAAGCAGGACGAGUUGCUGCAUCCUCGAAACGAGAACGAAUUGCUAUGGAGCGUUUGCGUAUUAACGCUACUCUUUAUAAGCACAGUCCCGUAAUAGAAGUGAUCUCAGUGCCAUCAGCUGCAGAGGACAUGAAUCAUAUGAACGGUGAAAGCAGUGGCAUGACUACAUCGCAACGGCCACGAGUGCAGCGUGGACGGAAAAAGAAUAAUCAUGAAACAACUGGUAUGCAACAACCAUCCAACAAAAUCCCUCGAAAAGACGGAUUUGUAACGAAUGCAAAUUCCUCUAAUAUGAAUCAGGUAUAA